AUGUCUGUCGAAAAUGGUUCUGAUGAUUCUGGGUUUACACUCUCCAAAGUAGUGGAGGACGUGAGUCAGCACAGCUUCGCUCAGACGGAGGCUCUGAAAGAAAAAGAGAAAACUCUGCAAUUGCUUGAGGCUACUUUAGCGGAGGCUGAGGACAGACGCAGAGAGCUGCAGUUGGAACUGAGGUCUAAAACAUGUCAGCUCCUGUCUCUGGAGAGUGAUGUGGAGAAGCUGGACCAUCAGACCCAGACCCUGCUCCACCGCAACGCCACCAUCACCCAGGAGAACGCCCGCCUUCAGAGCCAGAUCAAAGAGGAGCAGGAGAAGGCCUCCAGCGCCCGAGCCCGGUAUCACGCCUACAGGACCAAGAUGGAGGAGCACCGAGCGGCCGUGGUGGAGGCCCUCAGUGAGACAGAGGCCAACAAGGAGCUGGAGGAGACAAGGGCACGAGUCAAGAUGCUAGAGCAGGAGAAAGAAGAGCUCAGGAAAGAGCUGGAAAACCCAGAUGGAAAUGCAGAGAAGGAAAUAAGGGAUUUGAAGGAGCAGAUCAUUGCACAGAAAAAGGCCAUCGCAGAGAAGAGACUGAGGCUGCGGAAGGAGACCGAGACACACAACCACAUGAAGAGAGACAUCGAGAUUCAGAACAAACGUUAUGAAGCCAUCGUGAAGCGCCUUCGCUGCCAGCUGAACAAAGCACAAGCCGCUCACAGACACAUGUCGAGUGAAGUGUCCAUCAUGGAGAAGCAGAUCUCUGAACUGAAGGAGAGACUGCAGAAACCCGGGGCCCCCAGCACCAGGCCCUGA